AGUGCGCGAAAUUCACUCGGACAGAUUGGUCCACUUUGAAGCAAUUUUAAGUUGAGAAUAAGAAAUUAGUUAAUGUGAAUAUUGCAUUCUAAGUGUUUCUAAAUCAAAUAACCGAAAAAUUGUGUCUCAUUGUACUUAAGCCAAGGAUACUUCUGAACGAAAAGGAUCACAGAUCAUCUGAAAGUUGACAACAAUUUAAAUUGUUCUGUUGAAUUGAAUGUUUCUGUGCUUUAUUAAGAUAAAACAAUGAAAUUGUUGGUAUUGUUGGUGAUAUUGUCAUCGCCGCUGUGCUAUAUCGUUGGAGGCGAAUCAACCAAAACCAAACGGGAAUAUUUUCCAUCAGAUGCUCUAUAUCAAUCAUCAACCCUACCAUAUGAGGAUGAUUAUGAUGUGUAUGGGAGGACAUUUAAAAAAAAGGCUGCAGCCAAUGCUGCCAUUAUAAAACAGAUCGAGGACAAGCAAGCAGAUGGCAGCUAUCAUUAUGAAUUUGAAACCGAAAAUGGAAUUCGACAAAAAGAGACCAGUAUACAGAAUGGGCUGGAGCGUGUCGUCCGUGGGUCCUAUUCGUAUGUAGGUCCCGAUGGUGUUACGUAUACGGUGAAUUACAUCGCAGAUAGGAAUGGGUAUCGCGCAUACGGAGCCCAUUUGCCCGUUCAGCCUGAUGCCGUUGCCGACUUGGUGAAUCAACAAUUUGUCACAACAACAGCGUUAUCUUCCCCCUCAGUCACUUCAACAAUAAUUCCGAUAACGAACCGACCAUUCAGACGUCGAUAUCAUGCAACGCCACUGUUCCGCAAACAUUUACUAGCGAAUGCCACACCACAACCGAUAACCUAUUCCACCACUCCAUAUCCCAUCAUAAGCUCCACACCACUUAUUCCGAAUCCAACAUCCAUCGGAACUGUCUAUGGUUCGCAAGGCAUUCCAUUUUCGACAACUCAAUCGCCCAUUCAAAAUCCAACCAUUUUCUCACCAAUCGCUCAAGGAUUCCAGUACAGUACACCAAAUCCGUUACAGUCAUUUGGCAUAUCGUCAACAACACCGGGCCCAUACACUGCCACACCACCGCAGUACGUAAACGAUGAUACAGUUUAUAUAACGCCACCGCCAAGACGCCAAAACAAUUUGUCAUCGCAAGAUUAUCUGCACAGAGAAUUAUUGCCGCCGUUUGCUCUCGGUUUACCGUAUGAAAAUAAUAACAUUGGCAUACCGAAUGUGAGGCCAUUAUUUCCGAAUGGACGUGAUCCGUCAUCAUAUAAUUCAUAUCGGCCAUCUGGAUUUGAUGCAAGAUAUCCGUUUUAGAAAUUACACUCGAUUUUUUUGGAGAAAAAAAAACAUUGAAAUGUAACUGUACUGAAAUGUUAAACAGGAACGUGUGACGGACGUGUGUAUGUGAUGAAAAAUAACAAGAGUUGAUAAGAAUAUA